AUUAGGACAUUAAAUUUUUCAUUUAUUUUAAAAAUUUUCGUGGAGUAAAAUUAAUCAGUUAAUCAUAUAUUCACGUAUAUAUAUUAACAAUUCGUGUGCCCCGUUUCUAAACGUAAAACAAAAAACAAAGCAAAAUGCCAGCUUGUCGUGAAUUGCGUAUUUUUAAUUCUGCCCGUCGCCUCUUUGGCCAUGAGUCUGCAUCAUUGGGAUGUCGUGCAUUUUCGACCAAGUGCGACAAGCCCAAAGGAGUUGUUGUCGGCAUCUAUCAAAAGGAUGGCGACAAGCCGAUUAAGUCCUCGGAGAAUGGUGUGCUGCUCGAUGACGCUGUCGGCGGUAAGAUAAUGAGCCUGGUCCGGGAUCGCGGGAUGGACGGGCGGCCCGGAAAAGGGCUACUGUUUAAUGGACUCGAAGGUGAGUUCCAAACAGUAGCCGUCGUUGGCAUGGGUCCGUCUGGCGCUGGGUAUAACGAAGCCGAGGAACUGGACGAGGGUAUGGAGAACACGCGCAUUGCCGCUGGAACUGGCGCACGGGCGUUGCAGCUACAACGCAUGUCCGAGGUGCACGUUGAUGGUAUGGACUUCGCAGAACAGGCUGCAGAGGGGGCGGCACUCGCCGUGUGGCGCUAUAACGCCAACAAGCGCAAGAAGAACCGCUUGCCCACACCCAAACUGCACAUGUAUGGCAAGGGCGACCAAGAUGCUUGGGUGCGUGGCUUAUUCAAGGCAGAGUCGCAGAAUCUGGCUCGUCGACUCUCGGAUACUCCCGCUAAUCAAAUGACGCCUUCUAUCUUUGCUCAAGCAACUGUGGACGCACUCUGCCCUUGCGGUGUAACCGUGGAAGUCCGUUCCAUGGACUGGAUCGAGGAUAUGAGCCUCAACUCUUUCCUGAUGAUUGCCAAGGGCUCCUGCGAGCCACCACUGCUGCUUGAGUGCUCAUACUGCGGUACGUCUCCCGAAGACAAAGCCGUAUUGAUGAUUGGCCAAGGCCUGACCUUCCACAGCGGCGGCCUGUGCCUAAAGAAGAAAGACGGCAUGGAUGAGUAUCGCGGCUCGAUGUCCGGUGCAGCCGUCUGUGUUGGUGUGCUGCGUGCUGCAGCUGCUCUAUCUUUACCCAUGAAUAUCUCGGCUGUCUUGCCCCUCUGCGAACAUAUGCCAUCCGGCAUGGCCGUCAAAUGCGGUGAUGUGGUGACCCUGUUGAAUGGUGUUACACUUGGCAUCAAGAACGUCGACAAAGCACCAGUUGUGAUGCUGGCAGAUCCACUGCUUUACGCCCAGGCCAACUUCAAGCCAAAGAUGAUCAUUAGCGUUGGCUCCAUUGGCGACGGCGUUAACUGCGGUCUCGGCGGCUCUGCCACUGGUCUGUGGAGCAACUCUUCCUAUGUCGCCAAGCAGUUCCGCAAGGCGGGUGGCAUUACCGGAGAUAGAGUCUGGCGUAUGCCCCUCUUCCGCUACUUCAGACACAUUGUCACUAAGAACACCACCUACGACAUGAGCAAUUGCGGUCGAGGCCCGGCAUCAUCUUGCCUGGCUGCGGCUAUACUUCACACAAUGGUGCCGUGUCUGGACUGGGCGCAUCUGGAUAUUCGCGGCACCGGCAUGCUAACAAAGAUCAAUACUCUACCCUAUCUACUCAAGGAUAGUAUGACUGGUCGUCCCACUCGCACGAUCAUUCAGUUUAUGUAUCAGCUAGCUUGCGCUCAAACCUAGGACUGACUUCCAUUAGUUUUUCAUAUGUUUCUUCCAUAUGUACGUUGGCUCAUGUUUAAAAUGGACAAGUUAGCGCUAGAUAGUGACCUAAUUAAACUCUAAAUUCAAAUCUAUCAGUAGUUAAUCGAAUCUCUGCGUUCGACAGCACGAACGAGAUUCAAAUGAAGCGUAUGGAG